AUGACUAAUGGAAGUGUUAGGAAGAACAAGGCAAUUGUCGUAGAGAACGCACCUUUGUUACCUAAGACUCAAGAAAGUGAUGUCAAGAUCGAUGAAUUUAAUGGAGCUUCAUUUUCCAGUGCUGUUUUCAAUUUGUCAACCGCUGUCGUUGGUGCUGGAAUCAUGAGUUUACCUGCUUGUGUAAAAAAAUUGGGGAUAGUUCCUGGUCUUAUUACCAUAAUCCUUUCAUCAUUAUUCACAGAAAAAUCAGUUGAUUUCAUGAUCAGAUUUUCAAGAGCCGGAAAUAUUUCUUCCUAUGGAAGUCUCAUGGGUGAUAGCUUUGGAAAAUAUGGAAAAGCUUUGGUCCAGAUGUGUAUUACAGUCAAUAACAUUGGUGUUUUGAUUGUUUACAUGAUUAUUAUUGGUGAUAUAAUUUCUGGAACAUCUUCUAGCGGAGUACACCAUUAUGGUAUCCUUGAAGGAUGGUUCGGCGUUCAUUGGUGGACCGGGCGUACAUUUGUUCUUGGUUUUACAACACUUGUGGUAGUUCUACCUUUGACGAGCUUUAAAAGAAUUGAUUCGUUAAGGUUUUCAUCUGGAUUAUCAGUUGGUCUAGCAGGCGUUUAUAUUGUCAUUGUUGUAGGAAUCUCAGUUUACAAAAUCAUUAAUGGAGGCGUAGUGAUUCCAAGACUCUUCCCAAUCAUUACUGAUGCAUCAUCAGUUUUUGAAUUGUUCACUACAUUCCCUGUACUUAUAAGCGCCUAUAUUUGUCACACUGUUGUUCACAGCAUACGUAAUGAACUAAAGGAUUCGAAACAGAUGCGAGGGAUUGUGAAGACUUCCUUUGUUUUAUGCUGCUUAGUUUACUUAAUCACAAGCUUCUUUGGAUUCCUUCUAUUUGGAGAGGAAACUCUUGAUGAUGUUCUUGCCAAUUUUGAUACCGAUCUUGAAAUACCGUUCGGUUUUAUUCUUAAUGACAUUGUUCGCGUUAGCUAUGCUGUACAUCUUGUGCUUAUAAUUCCAGUACUCUUCUAUGCAGUGCGAAUCAACAUUGAUGGACUCAUGUUUUCUUCUUCAUCAAUAAGGCCUUUGAAUGUUGAUAACUUCCGAUUUUUCUCUAUUACUUUCUCCCUUAAUGGCAUUAUAUUCUUGGGAUCGAAUUUCAUACCUAGUAUUUGGGAUAUUUUCCAAUUCAUUGGAGCAACUACUGCUAUUUGUAUAGCAUUUAUAUUUCCAGUUGCAAUCACUCUCAGUGAUAAAUACAACAUAGCAACUAAAACAGACAAGAUUCUAUCUGUUUUUAUGAUAGUCAUUUCAGUAUCGUCAAGUGUUAUUGCUAUAUACAGCAAUGUUUAUGCGUUGAUCGACAAGAAAUGA